AUGGAGGCUAUCAAGCAGACUUUUCAGCGCUGCAAGGCGCAGGGCAGACCGGCGCUGGUCACGUAUGUGACUGCGGGAUACCCUCGACCGGAAGACACGCCCGGCAUCCUGCUGGCCAUGGAGAGGGGAGGAGCUGAUGUCAUCGAACUCGGUGCUCCCUUCACAGAUCCCAUUGCUGACGGACCGACCAUUCAAACGGCAAACACGAUUGCUCUCAAGAACGGCGUCAGCAUCGAGUCGACCCUCGGCAUGGUCAAGGAGGCCAGGUCCCGCGGCCUCAAGGCUCCCGUCAUGCUCAUGGGCUACUACAACCCCCUGCUCAGCUACGGCGAGGAGCGCCUGCUCAAGGACUGCAAGGAGGCCAACGUCAAUGGCUUCAUUGUCGUCGACCUGCCCCCGGAGGAAGCCGUGUCCUUCCGCAAGCUCUGCACCAAGGGCAGUCUCUCAUAUGUCCCCCUGAUUGCUCCGGCGACUUCAGAUACUCGCAUGCGAAUCCUCUGCCAGCUGGCGGACUCGUUCAUCUACGUCGUCUCAAGACAGGGCGUCACCGGCGCUCUGGGCCACCUCAGCAGCCAUCUCCCCGAUCUCCUCGCCCGAGUCAAGAAGUACAGCGGAAACAAGCCGGCCGCUGUCGGCUUCGGUGUCAGCACACACGAGCACUUCCAGAGCGUUGCCGCCAUCGCCGACGGUGUCGUCGUCGGCAGUCAGAUCAUCACCACCAUCCAGAAGGCCCCCUCUGGCCAGCACGAGGCCGAGGUCGAGAACUACUGCGCAUAUCUGUGCGGUCGCGAUGCUCGACCCGUUUUCAAGGAUGAAGUUGGUCUGAUUCAGGAUGCUCCUGGCAACCAGGGCGCCACCGCGGAGUCCGUCUCUGUCGAAGCCGUCGUUACCGACGAUGAUCGCAUCACGGCAGAGCAGGACAGCGCUUUGGUGGCUCAGCUGGCUGCUCUUCACGGCAAGAUCCCUGAGCGAUUUGGAGAGUUUGGCGGCCAGUACGUCCCGGAGAGUUUGAUGGACUGCUUGUCCGAGCUUGAGGAGGGCUUCAACAAGAUCAAGGACGACCCCUCGUUCUGGGAGGAGUACCGAUCGUACUACGACUACAUGGGACGGCCUUCUCGUCUGCACUUGGCCGAGCGCCUUACGGAGCACUGUGGCGGUGCCAACAUCUGGCUCAAGCGAGAGGACUUGAACCACACUGGUAGCCACAAGAUCAACAACGCCCUCGGACAGCUGCUUUUGGCCAAGCGUCUUGGAAAGACCAAGAUCAUUGCCGAGACGGGAGCCGGCCAGCACGGUGUGGCCACUGCGACUGUGUGUGCCAAGUUUGGCAUGGAGUGCACAGUCUACAUGGGAGCUGAGGAUGUCCGUCGACAGGCCCUCAACGUCUUCCGAAUGAGGCUGCUCGGUGCCAAGGUUGUGGCUGUCGAGGCUGGCAGCAAGACUCUGCGUGAUGCUGUCAACGAGGCUCUCCGCGCCUGGGUCGUUGACCUCGACACCACUCACUACAUUAUCGGAUCCGCCAUCGGACCUCACCCCUAUCCCACCAUUGUGAGGACUUUCCAGUCCGUCAUUGGUGACGAGACGAAGAAGCAGAUGCAGGAGAUGCGAGGCAAGCUCCCCGAUGCCGUCGUUGCCUGCGUCGGUGGUGGCAGCAACGCUGUCGGCAUGUUCUACCCCUUUGCCAACGACCAUUCGGUCAAGCUUCUGGGUGUCGAAGCCGGCGGUGACGGUGUCGACACGGCCAGGCAUAGCGCUACCCUGACGGGCGGAUCAAAGGGUGUCCUCCACGGAGUCCGAACAUACGUUCUCCAGGACAAGAACGGCCAGAUUAUCGAGACGCACUCCGUCUCCGCCGGUCUGGACUACCCCGGUGUCGGACCCGAGCUGAGCUCGUGGAAGGACGCCGAGCGAGCCAAGUUCAUCGCCGCCACUGACGCCGAGGCGCUGACUGGCUUUAGGCUGCUCAGCCAGCUGGAGGGUAUCAUCCCUGCGCUGGAGUCGUCUCACGGAAUCUACGGAGCCAUGGAGCUGGCCAAGACGAUGAGCAAGGACGAGGACCUGGUCAUCUGCCUCAGCGGCAGAGGAGACAAGGACGUGCAGAGCGUGGCGGAGGAGUUGCCCAGGCUUGGCCCCAUGAUUGGCUGGGACCUUCGAUUUUAG